ACCCUAGGACAGCUAGUGAGUUACAUUUUGCUAAAGACAAGCAACCUCUCUCUCUCUCUCUCUCUCUCUCUCUCUCUCUCUCUCUCAUGUGCCCUGCAAACUGCAACCUGCAGUACCUCUCUCUGCAAAGAAAGGCCCCCAAGUAAAGAUCUUUUUUCAUUCAAAAUCUCUUUUCAAAUUUGAAUGGCAGCCUUUUUGCAUAUUAGACGUGCUUAUGAUCCCCAAAAUCAUUCUCCGGUCAAUGCCCUCUCCAGUGGAAUUUGUUGAAAGAAAUGAAAUGGACAGGAAAGAGAUCCCAUGAAUGAAGCUUUUCUUCAGUUGUUUCAGUUCUCAUUUCUCUUCUUCAUCCAAGACCAUGAAGUUCUCUUCCAAGUGUAUUCUUAGCCCAGGCAGCAGCAGGGGCAAUAGAGAACCAUCUCAGAUUUCUUUAUCCUCUUCCUUGAGCAGGAAGCUUAGAAGUAAUAGGAGCAUCAGAAGCGGACAAGCUUCUCCAAUGUUCCCAACAGCGGCCAAGAAAAAAGGCGGUGCCUUUGAGAAUCCAGAGCCUUCUUCCCCCAAGGUAACGUGCAUUGGGCAGGUGAGGGUGAAAACCAGAAGACAGGGAAAGAAGAUUAAGACAAGAUCCAUGAGAAGAAAAGAAGCAAACCCAAAUCUCAGCGGACAAAAAAGCCAGAAUUUUGAGUAUCAGAAUCACCAGAAUCUGCGACAGGAGUGUUUGCCUCAUCAAAAUCAGAGGUGGGUUCAUCUUCCUCUCACAAUUUGUGAAGCUCUGAGGGGAUUUGGAGCUGAGUUCAACAAUUGCUUCUUUCCUUGUUGGUCUUGUAAAUCAAUUGAGAAAGAUGAAGAGAAUAAAGUAGGAGGAGGGACAGGGGGAUCCGGACGUGGGGCUGCAUUUGCAGGAUGGCUGGCGGCUUUAGAAGAAGGAGAGAAAGAUAGAACGGAUAGGUUAGAGGGGAGCCAGAGAAGACGUGUGCUAGAAGAUAUUGAUAUCGAGGCGGAGAAGCAAGAUGAUUUUGUAGGAGAAGAAGGGAAGGCAAGGGUGAGUGUAUGCAUUCCGCCAAAGAAUGCUCUAUUGUUGAUGAGGUGCAGAUCUGAUCCUGUGAAGAUGGCAGCUCUGGCUAAUCGGUUUUGGGAGUCACCGGCUCAGAAAUAUGAAGAAAGAGAGGGUAAUGGUGAUGAAGAUGGAGAAGUAGAAGAUGAAGUGCAGAGACAUAUUGAAAUUCCAACCCAAAUAAGAGAGGAUAAUGCUUGUGGAGAUCAUCUAAUCCCAGAUGCAGAAAUAGAAGCCACAGUAAUGAAGGGUUUCGAACGUGGCAGUAGAGAAAUCCUAGAAGAAAAGGCAGAGGAUGGAAGAGUGAACUGUAAUCUGCAAAGUGAAACCUUGUUCUGUGUGCCUUCGCAUGAAGGUCAAGUUGAUCUCGAAAAGCUAGAAGUUGAAGAUGUUCAGCCCAAUAUGCUCCAAGACGGUGAAGAAGAACUGAACGAGAAAGAAGGCCACAUUGAACAAAAAGAUGCAGAACGUGCUUCCUCCCCAGCAAUUAUGGCUCAAAUUUCAACAAAAACCACUGUGGAGGAUGAGAAAGACACUACAGAGAGCCUUCGGGAAGACAAGGAGACAGCGACCCGAGACAGACCCGUCCUUGAUUACUCAAAACUCCCAGAACAAAAGGUGGUUGUGGAGACAAAGGAGCGAGUAAACCAAUCAGAACCAAAGAGGGGAAGCAGCUCUGGUUUGCCGGAGUGCUUGCUUUUGAUGAUGUGUGAGCCGAAGUUGUCCAUGGAGGUUUCGAGGGAGACUUGGGUCAGCAAUACGGACUUCAUCCGAUGGCAUCCCGAGAAACCUGUGAAGAAAAAGGACAGCGGUGACGAGCCCAGUAAGAGAAUCAGCGUCGACUCUAAACCGCCGCUGCCGCCGAGGUCGUCUUGUUCAUUUCCGGCUCCGGCGGCGGGAAUGUCGAUGGCGACCAUGAUAGAGCAGAAGCUCGGGGAAUCCAAUGCAUGCGAGCCGUUAGUUCUCACGCGCUGUAACUCGGAGCCGAUGAGGUCAUCGGCUAUCCUCGCGCCAGAGGCUUGUUUCUGGAAAAACAGGAAGCUGGAGCCAAACCAUCCAGCGGCUACGCUCCGGAUCGGCGAGGCUGGGGUUGGUUUCUGACCUCAAAAUUUUAUUUAUUUACUUUUUAAUUUCUAAAAUAAUCAUCGUACAUUGUAAGAGCUGCGCGGGUAAUUUUAGUUAGUCCUAUGUAGUAGUGGUCUUGCCAGUUUAGCUUUUUCUAGAAUAGUUUCAGAAAUUAUUCACUGUAGCCUUGUACUCGCUUUGGCUCUGUAACUUGGUCAUAAAGUUUUGCGUUCAAGCCUCAAUCCUUUGGAGGAGUUAAUAGUAAUUUACCCUAAUUGUAGAUA